CCUACGCAUCUCGUCGUCGCCCAAUCUCCAGUCAUCAACCUGGUCCCUUCAAGGCUUUUUCCCACCCAUCGCCUUAUUCUAUCCUCGCGUUCUAGCCACAGUUUUCAGUCUUGUUGUUGGCUGUGGAUAACACACGACUUCACCCUCACAUUGAACCCAAUCCUUGGGCCAUCGUUUCGUCCCUUGUCCACUGUCCCGUUACCCCUCCAAUCUUUUUACAGCCUCCUGACCACCAUGGGGGAAUCUCGACAAGAACUCUUACAAUGGCUGAACGGCCUCCUUCAACUCAAUGUCACCAAGGUUGAACAGUGCGGUACUGGUGCCGCCUUGUGUCAAUUAUAUGACUCUAUUUUCCUCGAUAUCCCCAUGGCUCGGGUGAAAUUCAACGUCAAUACCGAAUACGCGUACAUACAAAAUUUCAAGAUCCUACAAAAUUGCUUUACAAAACAUGGCAUUGACCGAACAGUCCCCGUCGAAUCACUAAUCAAAUGCAAGAUGCAAGACAACCUCGAGUUCCUCCAGUGGUCCAAGCGGUUCUGGGAUCAAUACUUCCCGGGAGGAGAAUACGAUGCCGUCGCUCGUCGCAAGGCCACCGGUCCGCCUAUGACUGGUGGGGGCGGUCCUACCUCGGCCAGAUCGAGUACCGGAACAAGCACGACGAGGAAGCCUGGCGCAACUCCGGUCAACAGAGCAGGCCCACGAGCCCUCGGCUCAGCUGCAGGUGGCUCGGCAUUGAAACAAGAAAACGAUCAAUUGAAGGAGGCGAUUGCGGGCCUGGAAAAGGAACGGGAUUUCUACUUUAGCAAACUGCGAGACAUCGAGCUGCUGAUCCAGAACGCCAUUGAGCUCAACCCCAAGAUCGAAGAAGAUGAUGGUGGAUUGGUCAAGAAUAUUCAAACAAUACUCUACAGUACAGAAGACGGUUUCGAGAUCCCUGAUGUGGAGGCAAAUGGAGGUGAAGAACCCGAAACUUUCUAGGAAAAGCAUAGCUCAAUGAAGACCACGGCUCAUGGCGCGGCGGAAACAUCUUCACCGACUCCGAACCCGACCCGAAUUAUCUCGGCGCAUUAAUGACCCAUGAAUUGACCCUGGGACAAGGAAAAAAACAGUGGCACGUCGUGGUGAGCCGGCCAAAUGCCGUUUCAUCCACAUCUUUUUUGGUCAAUGACGACACUCUUUCACACUAGGUUCUUGUCGCGUCUGUCACAUGGACGUCAAAGCUUGGAUCGGCGUCUACAAGUACUCCAGAUACGAUUUGAACGAGACAUAUCAUUACCCAGUAGCCGAGUGCACCACGUUGUUCGGGUCAACAUACUGCGCGAAUCUCUUAUAGUUGUGCGCGUAUGCCUGAGUGUUCUAUCACACAGCGUAUAGGAUCAAUCGGUCCCUGAUGGAAUUGCUUGAUCGCGGACACGGUUAGCAGACAAAUGUCUCUGAGAUGUACCUCCAGCAGAG